AUGGAAUCAAAACUAACGACACUCAAGUCCAUUGAAGGACUCGUCCUUCGCUUCCACGUACGCGUCAACACCGUGUACGGACAAAGCGUCCACAUCAGUGGCAAUUUACAAGAAUUCGGAAACUGGGACCAUGAAAAGUCAAUUAAAAUGUCAUUCGAGCACAACUACGACUACUGGACAGUAAACGUUCAGCUUCCACUCAGCAACGAAACACGCGAACUCGAAUACAAGUACCUUCUUAAGAACGAAUCCCGUGUUGACUUAUGGGAACCAGAAAGAAACCACAAGAUUACACUCGCUCCAGUUGCCAAGCCAGCUGUUAUCAACAUUGAAGACCAGUUCCAAUGGAAGGACAACGUUCUUGAUGCUUUUUCACGCGCUACAUUUGUCAGAGCCAUCAACUCCCGUGAAAAUCCAGUUGCUCCAGAGCCCCUCAAGUUCGACAACUUAAAGAACGACAAGAUCCGCGUCUACUUCUCCGCAAACUGCCCUUAUGUUCGCGCUCAUCAAGAUGUUUACAUUUCCGGUAGCGUUCCAGAGCUCGGAAACUGGGAUGCUAAGAAGGGAGUCAAGCUUGCAGACGGCAAGUUCCCAAUUUGGUCCGGCUACGUUGAUUUCGAGAAAACAUCCUUCCCAUUCGACUACAAGUACGUAAUUGCCAACAAGGACGGCACAUUCAUCUGGGAAACAGACGGCAACAGACAUUGCCCAGCACCAGUUUCUGUUUCUAAGUACCCACUUAUUGAUUACGUCCAAGAAUGGUUCGUUUGCCCGAACCGCGAUCUCUUCAAGGGUAUGGGUAUCUAUGUACCUCUUUUCUCCCUCAGAACAGAGGAAUCCCAAGGUAUUGGUUCUUAUACAGACCUCAAGAAGUGCGUUGACUGCUGCAACAAGAUGGGAGCCUCCCUUAUUCAGCUCCUUCCUAUCAACGAUACAACAGAUAAUGGUGAUUGGGCUGAUUCAUAUCCUUAUCGUCAAGUAUCUUGCUUUGCUCUUCAUCCAGUCUACAUUGACCUUCUCGCCAUCACUGAGAAGCUUCCAGCCGCAAUGAAGGAAGAGAUUUUGGCCGCUAAGAACAAGUUCGAAGUCUUAGAUGAACUCAAUUAUCCAGAAGUUUUCGCUUUCAAGAUGAAGAUGCUCAAGCAAAUCUUCAAACUCGAGAAAGACGCUUUCGUUAAGAACCAUCUCGAUGCUUUCGUUACAAAGAAUGCUUCAUGGCUCAAACCAUACGCUUUAUUCUGUCUCUUAAGAGAUGAAUACAAGACAACAGAGUUCAGAAAGUGGCCAAAGUAUUCAACAAUCACACACAGAGAAAUCGAUGCAGUUUGCGAACAAAAGAAGAACGAAUUACUUGAGAUCUACUGGAUCCAAUACGUUGCUGACAAGCAAUUCAAGGAAUCCUAUGAUUACGCAACAAAGAACCAUGUUGCUCUCAAGGGUGAUCUUCCAAUUGGUGUCAACAUCAACUCCGUUGAAUGCUGGGCUUUCCCAGAACUCUUCAGACUCCACAUGUGCGCUGGCGCUCCUCCGGAUGAUUUCUCAUCUGAUGGUCAGAACUGGGGCUUCCCAACAUACAACUGGGAUGCCAUGGAGAAGGAUGGUUUCUCAUGGUGGCGCUCCAGAUUAUCAAGAAUGGCCGAACUCUACCACCAGUUGAGAGUCGACCACAUUCUUGGUUUCUUCAGAAUCUGGGAAGUUCCUCGUGAAACAUGCGUCAGAGGUUUAAUGGGACACUUCUUCCCAUCACUUCCAUACUCAAGAGAUGAAUUGAACUCAUUGGGAUUAUGGGAUGUCGAACGCCUCACAAAGCCAUACGUCAGAUGGCAUCUUCUCUGGGAAAAGUUCCAUGAAAAGGCUGAUUACAUCUCCCACAAGUACUUCAACAACAAGGGAUGGUCAGCUAGCGAUGACUGGUACGAUUUCAAGCCAGAAUACAACACAGAGAAGAAAGUUGCUGAAGCACUUGAUAACGACAAGACAUUGAAUGAUGGCGAACGCGAACACAUCAAAGUUUGCCUCUUCCAGCUUCUUUCCAACGUCAUCUUACUCGAAGACCCAGAAAGACAAGGAAUGUACCACAUGAGAACAGAAGUUAUCAAGGAACACGUCGAACUACAUAAGGAAGGACCAGUUGUCUUUAUCUCAUCAUCAUGGAACGAAUUAGAUGAUGGAUUAAAGCGCAAGAUCAAAGAAGAAGCUCUCAAGUUCUUCUACGAGAGAAUGACAGGAAUUUGGGUCCAAAAGGCAGCACCAAAACUCAAUGUUCUCAAGAACGCCACAAACAUGUUGAUUUGCGGUGAAGACCUUGGCCAAAUCACAGAUGGUAUCAUCCACGCUAUCGAUGAAUCCGCAAUUCUCUCAUUGCACGUCCAGAGAAUGUCUAAAGUUCCAACAGACGAAUUCGAUGACUACCACAAAUUCGGAUAUCUCUCUGUCGCUUGCCCAUCAACACACGAUACAUCAUCAUUGAGAGGAUGGUGGGAAGAGAACAAGACAGUCAGAGAGUCAUUCUGGUGGAACAUUCUCCAGAGAAGAGACUGGUGCCCAGAGACAUUACCAGCUAAUGUCCAGGAAGACAUUCUCAAGCAGAACAUCUGGUCCAACUCAAUGUGGGCAAUCUUCUUGCUCCAGGAUAUCACAUCAACAUUCGAUGAGUUGAGAUUACAGACUCCAGAACAGGAGAGAAUCAACAUCCCAUCUGAUCCAAACCACAGAUGGAGAUACCGCUAUCCAUUCAAGCUCGAAGAACUCGCUGCUAAUGAUAAGUUCAAUAACCACAUCAUGCAGAUCGUUCGUGAUGCUCAUAGAAUAUAA